AUGGUAAUAUUUGCCGCUGCACUGGUUAUCGCUCCAUCUUGGAUUCAAUGAAGUCCUUUGCUGUUGAUUCUGAUGAGCCACAAGUUGUUGAUAUUGAGGAUGUUUGUCCAGUAAAGUGCUCAUCAUGUCCAGUAAUGAAGGAUUCCACUAAUUGGUUAACACAGCCUCGGACUGACUCUGACCCUGUCUGGUAUCAGCCUACAAAACUCUCUGAAGCAUUUGAUAUUUAUCAAGCCAAUACCAGUACUAAUGUCAAGUUUGUCAGUGGAAAUACUGGAAAAGGUGUUUUUAAGGAAACUGCUACUAUUGGUACUUAUAUUGAACUGAGCUCAGUGCAAGAGUUGUACAAUGUUGAUGUGAGUAUUACC